AUGGGCUCUCAAUUUCAGAAGGCUAAAACUGACUUUCAAGAUGCCCGUCUUAUUGCUCAGCGCUUCCCUUGUGAUAUAGCACUCCAAAAUGCUGUUAAGACAACUGCUGAAAUAUAUGGCAGGAAAGAACAGAUGUAUCACAGUUUUUUGAUGCAGAGAAGUAAGAUAGAUUGGCUUAGGAAGGGAGACUCAAAUACAACCUAUUUCCAUGCUUACUUGAAGAAACGAAGAGCUGAAAACAGAAUAGCCUCGUUUAUUAAUGAGCAAGGUAGUUUGGUGGAUAAUUUUUCUGAGGUGGUUUCUCAUUUUUUGAACCACUUCAGGAGUAUUAUGGGAAGACCUAGUUCAGCUAAGCAGAUGAUAAAUACUCAAUGUGUAGCGCUGGGUCCUAAACUGAAUGUUGACCAACAACUCUCUUUGUUAAAGCCAUUUUCUCAUCAGGAAAUUCGAACAGCUUUAUUCAGCAUUCCUUGCAUUAAAUCCCCAGGUCCGGAUGGCUUUGGAUCAGGAUUUUUCAAAGUUAUGUGGCAGGAGGUUGGGAAUGAAGUUUGUCAAGCUAUUAAUCAGUUUUUUGAUACAGGGAAAAUCCCUGAGGAGUUCCUUGAGACCACGUUAUCUCUGGUCCCCAAAUGUGAGAAUCCUUCAAUAGCUAGUGACUAUAGACCGAUUGCUUGCUGCUCUACCAUUUAUAAGUGUAUUUCCAAGCUAAUUUGCUCUCGAUUAGCUAAGGUUCUACCUGUUUUGGUUCAAGCUAAUCAGGGUGCUUUUGUAAAAGGCAGAUCAAUAGCUCACAACAUAAUGAUUUUUCAAGACCUUAUCAAGAAUUAUGGGAGAUCAACUGCCUCCCCAAGGUGUGCUAUUAAAAUAGAUAUAAGCAAAGCUUAUGACACUGUUGACUGGUGGUUUGUUGGUGACCUUUUAUCUGAGUUGUGCUUCCCUGAGAAAUUUAUUAAAUGGAUUAUGACUUGCCUGACUAAUACCUCCUACUUAUUGCUCAUGAAUGGAAGGGAAGCUCUUGAGGAGUUCAGUUCUGUUUCUAGGCUGGAAAUCAAUACUAGCAAGUCUCAUGUUUAUUUUGGAGGGGUUCCAAUUGAACAAAGGCAGAGGAUGGUUACUGAGUUACAACUGACCGAAGGCUCUUUUCCCCUUAAAUAUCUUGGGGUGCCAAUGAGACCCACAAAAUGGAAGCAUGAAGAUUGUGACAUUGUAAUUCAAAAGUUUAGAGUGCGAAUUCAUAGCUGGGCUAGUAGGCACCUAUCUUUUGCAGGUAGAAUUCAGCUUAUUCACUCAGUUUUAAUUGGUCUUAGGAAUUAUUGGAUGGGGAUUUUUACUCUUCCGCAGAGCAUUAUUAAGGAGAUUGAAAAAUUAUGUCGUAGUUUUCUUUGGGGAGUUAAUGGGAACAGAAAUAAAAUUCACUUAGCUUCUUGGAAUAAAGUUUGUCUCCCUAAAGUCUAUGGUGGUCUGGGAUUUAGGAAUGGCCUAGCUUGGAACAAAGAAAUUUUAGAUAAGUACAUAUGGGCUAUCACUGAGAAGCCGGACUUGCUGUGGGUUAAAUGGAUUAAUGCAGUUUAUUUAAAAGGGGAAGCUUUCUGGUCAUAUCAGGUUCCUCAAGACACAAGUUGGUACUGGAGAAAGCUUUGUAAGCUCAGGGAAGUCUACACCUAUAGAGAGAUUACAGCAGCUGGUCAUGCAGGGAAAUUUCAAUCGUCUCAGCUGUACAACAGCUCUCUGCGCCAGCAGCAAGUAGGUUAUCACAAAGCUGUCUGGUGCAGGCUGUCAUUGCCUAAGCAUCGAUUUGUGCUGUGGCAAACAUUCAAUGCUUAUCUCCUAACUUAUGAUAAUUUGGUCCGGUUCAAAGUGAGGAUUGAUUCUCAGAUGUGUCCAGUAUGUGGAGUGGUGAAUGAGUCCCAUGGUCACUUGUUUUUUGAUUGCUAUCUGUCAAGGCAAGUUGUCAAAUUAAUCUUUAGUUGGCUGGGGUUUCAAGCUUGGCCAAUAGACUUUUCUAGCUGGCUGGUUUGGCUAGCUAACAGGCAGCCUGGAGUGAUAGCAGACAUCUGUUUUUCUGUGCUAGCAGCUGUGGUGUAUGGAGUUUGGAGGAACAGAAAUCAGUGUGUUUUUGACAAUUGUUCUAGGACAGAAACCAGCAUAACUUCUGAUAUAAUAGACUGCAUGAAGUUUAGGUUUUUCAUUGUAAAAAAUAGGAAACUUUCUGACCUUGAGCAUAGGUUCUUAGAUAGAUUACUCAUAUUAAUGAAGUUUACUUCUUCUUCUUCUUGA